UUGUCUACUACAAGGCAUGACACAUUUUUCAUAAUUAAGAAUAUGCCAGUUUAGUGUGCAGCACACAUUUCUUGACAACAUGGCUGUCUGUUGAUGACUGAGUAAAUGACAAGUCUGGUGAUGAUGGGAAAAUAAUUUAUUGUGUGCGAGUGCGCAGUUUCCAUUAAAACAGACCUAAUCAAGCACAGCGUGGAGCGCGCAGACAGAAGCAGUUCUCCGGGAUGGGGCUCUCGGGCCCAGGAGGAGCAAGAGCUCACUCAUUCCUAUUGAUUUGCCGUAUUGACUGCGAUGUUUAAGGUAUAGAUUUUUCUAUUUAAAAAUCUAUAUCGACAAUAAUCUGGUGUGUAAGCGCCCGGCGUUGACUGAUGCUGGCCUGUAAUUGACAGCGUGUAACAUGUCGGUGCCGGAGCGGGAGGGCAUGAGGCGAGGAGAGGCGUGCUGGGGAGGCCGGCAUGCGUGGCCCGGACUGAGAGAAGUAUAUCCGGGAGCAGGAGGGUGGAGAAGGGGAGUGAUCACCUCCGUAACAGAGGAGUGAGCUCCUGACGCCGCGGCUCUCCAUGUAUUUGUGCAUUUUAAACACCGACUUAAAAUGCAAACGCAUGGUGCGUGCAUAUGAUCCAUUUAUCCCACUUCUGGAGAAAGAAAAAAAAAAUGUUUUCCACAUGGAAACCAGAUUCAUAUUUCUCAUGCCUGGAACAGCAGUGGCAGCUCUUAUCCCAUCUUAAUAACCUAAUGAUCCACCCUCGCUCGCUCUGGAGGGCUUAUUAAAAGCAGCGGUGAUGAGAUAACUUAAUUGAGUGCACCAUGCAUCCUGGUAGGCAUUAGCGCUAAGCACCUAUAGGUAUCCACGGAUUCUCUUAUCAGGUCUUCAUCCCUUCCCAAGGAGGCCGGCGGGUAAUGCACUGAUCACCAUUGGCAUCAUUAUAGCCGGUAUUAUUAAGAGGGGGGAAAAAAUCCAGAAAUCAAUACAGGAUACCUUUUGCAGCGGUAGUGAAAACGAGGGAGAUGGGGCGGGAGGGCGGGAGGCAGGAGGGAGGGAUUGAGGGAUGGAGGGAGGCGCGGGGGUGGGGUGGUGAUGUGUGAGUAGUAGCGGGUCCUCUCUCGCCUCAAUGUUGCGGCCAGCCUAGUGGCAGAUCGCUACAAUCCUGGAGGGAGCCGGGUCGAAUGAGCUAUUUGGGGUUCCCAAAUAAUAACGGGGGACAAACAGACAGACAAAAAAACAGACACACAGACGGACGGAAGGAGAUAUAGGCAAGUGUUCCGAUAAAACGCGACACCGCUGUCGGAUUCUGUAGCUUUCUUAUUAUAUUUCUUAUUUUGUGUGUGUGUGUGUAUGUGUGUUUGGAAGCCAUUAUUUAUUUAUUUGUUGGAUUUAUUUAUUUAUUUAUUUAUGUAUCGAUUGAUUGCGUUUUAAUUACUGCCUUGUGACAGAGCGCGAGGGAGGAGGAGCGUCAGGACCGAGCGCGCGCGUCGUGUUUGUGUUUGUGUGUGUGUUUGUGUUGCGCCCCCCCCCCCAACCCCCCUCCCCCUACACACACACACUCACACACACACACACACAACUUGUUUAUUUAUCCGUUAGCUGAUAACCUUUAAUGAAGCCGCUUUAGAUGCGCUCGCGACGCGACCCGCUACUGUGCGCGAGUGGGUGAAUGUCUUACACGUAGCCUUCAAUGCAAAGAAGAGGAGAAGGAGCGCGUGCAGCUAGAGACCAAAUAUACGAUAGAUCAAACCAAAUACUACAGAAAUCCAAAUAAGACUUUUUCUUAACUACGCCUGCCUUUUUACACCUGCCUCGUCCGUCCCUACGUGUCAUCGUUUAUUGUAAAACUGCAAAGCGAAAACCAAAGCUGAGCCCGGCCGGUGAUGCUACAGGAAUAGGCUAGCGACUGUUCUCAUGCCUUUUUUUUUCCCACACCUACAGGAAAACAUUACUGUUCGAGGAGUGAGGGUAUAAAAUAAGCUCUAUGUUUACUCAAGGAGAACGCUUUAGCAGUGCAAAUGUAACACGGGGACGCAGGUGCAUCCGCGACGGGCAGGUGACUCGCAGCCUUUUAUUCUAAAGCUUCUACAAUAGGCCUACAAAUUGUAAGGCAACUUUUCGUGUGGCGUGCUGAAGUGAGGUCAGGUCUCCUCUCUGUCCGUCUGUGUGUUCGUCUGGACUGUAAGCUAACCGCUGCACUCAAGGGACCAUCCGACAUAUAUGUUCUAUGCACAUUGCCUCCAAAACUACACGCCGACCUCCAGCCCACACAUGUAAAUAAAAGUGCGCAGCUGGGCUACAUGUGUACACACCUAACGGCGAAUGUUGUGAGCGCUCCAAACCAAAUAUUCACCCGAAGCUGUCAACCAGAGAAACGGACAGAGACACCGAAGCUCCGAAGGAGGACGGGGCCUGUUACAGUGUCACUUCUGUCAGAUUAUUUGCAUCAAAACAAGAAGCCGGAGGAAGACCAUGUUUGUUCCCUUGCCGGUGCCGUUCGUGUUUCAGAGAACUGCCCCUGACCUCAACGCCUGGCGUCUCAAGUCCCCUCUGGCUCUCCGCUCCAACUCUGAUAUCAGGAUGCCAAAGCCAGCAGAGCUUGAGAAAGUCGGGGCUGACUCACCGUUGGAGGGCACAGAUUCAGAGCGGAAUGGACCUGAAUCAAAUCACCAGGCUCAGUCGAUGAAAGUCAGUCCCUUCCCGCUGUCACCAAACCUGAGCAGCAGCAAGAAUAAGAUGGAGGAGUGCGCUGAAAUGUCCCCGGCACUUCCUCCCUCUCACGGCCCGACCCCUUCACAGACAGCCCUGCAGCACACGCAGCUCAUGCUGACCGGCUCCCAGCUAGCAGGGCUGACGGCUCUGUUGCCGGCGCAGCAGCAGCUGUUGCUGCAGCAGGCUCAGGCGCAGCUCCUGGCCGCGGCCGUGCAGCAGUCAAGUGCGGCCCAUGCGGCUCACGCUGCCCACGCGGCCGCCCAGGCCAAUCAGCAAGCUCAGGCAGCUGCGGCAGCAAAUCAGCAAGCCCAGCAGCAGCAGCAGCAGCAGCAGCAGCAGCAGCAGCAGCAAGCGGGACAAACAGGGCAGCAGGCUCAGUCCCAGUCCCAGGGACAGGGACAGAGCGCGCAGGAGCACGCCACGCAAAACGUCCCCGUCCACCCUCCUCCGCCACAGCUCACCCUCUCCCAGCCAAUCCAGCUCACUGCCCAGGACAUUCAGCAGUUGUUGCAGCUCCAGCAGUUGGUGCUGGUGCCCGGCCACACGCUCCCGUCUCCUGCCCAGUUCCUCCUCCCGCAGGCACAGCAGGGCCAGCAAGGACUCCUAUCGACACCAAAUCUUAUUUCGCUACCUCAGCAAAACCAAGGGAGCUUGCUCACUGCUCCAACUAGAAUGGGACUCCAGGCACAGCGCGAUAAGAGCGGGGAGGUGAGCGGCGGCGGAGGCGUGACCACGGUGCCCUCUGUGACCUCGCACCCCGAGGAGCCCAGCGAUCUGGAGGAGCUGGAACAGUUUGCUCGCACUUUCAAGCAGAGACGCAUCAAACUGGGCUUCACGCAGGGAGACGUGGGCUUGGCGAUGGGGAAGCUGUACGGCAAUGACUUCAGUCAGACCACCAUCUCCCGCUUCGAGGCGCUCAACCUCAGCUUCAAGAACAUGUGCAAGCUGAAGCCACUGUUGGAGAAGUGGCUCAAUGAUGCAGUUAACGUGCAUAGAGUCGGUGCUGCGCGCCGUAGUCAGUUUAGCGCUGACUUUCUCUGUGUGUACGCGUGUCCUUCAGAGACCAUGUCCAUAGACAGCACCCUGCCCAGCCCCAGCUCCCUGUCCUCGCCCUCUCUGGGCUUCGAGGGGCUCCCUGGUCGCCGCAGAAAGAAGAGAACCAGCAUCGAGACGAACGUGCGAGUGGCUCUGGAGCGUGCAUUUAUGACGAACCAGAAGCCUACCUCAGAGGAGAUCCUGCUGAUCGCCGAGCAGCUCAACAUGGAGAAGGAGGUGAUCCGGGUUUGGUUCUGCAACCGCCGGCAGAAAGAGAAGCGCAUCAACCCCAGCAGCGCUACCCCUCCUUUGCCCAGCCAGCCCCCCACUGCCCCACCAACGCACAAACCGCCCUGCUACAGCCCUCACAUGAUGUCAAGUCAGCUGUCGCAGCCCAUGACCAGUCUCAGCACAACGGUGACCACCAUGUCCUCCGUCUGCCCCCUGACUUCCAGCCUCACCUCCAGCCACCCCUCUCUCACUUCCACCCACCCCUCCCUCAGCUCCGCGCCCUCCCCGGCUACUCCUCCCCCUCCUCCCCGCAGCACAGCCAGCCCGGCCACUCCCAGCCACAGCACACUCAACCUUAACACAGGCUUAUGGCGUAUGGGUAAAAAGAACGGUGACGUGUCUAACUACAUCACCGAUUUUGCUGCAAACUUGAGGAACACUGUGAUGGGAGUUAACACAGGGAUGAACCAAGCCCUCCUCGGUAACAAUCCCCUGGCCACUAUCCAAGCCCUAGCAGCCAGUGGUGGCCAGCUGCCUCUUUCCACUCUUGAGGGGGCCAGCAAGGUGAUGCUGGGGGCCUCCGGGGGGCAAGGUGGGUGCCUCCCCUCCUCCCUCUUUCUCAACCACCCGGCCCUCCUCCACUUGGGCCAGAACCCCGGUGCUGGACUGGUCAGCGCUGCUGUAGCCAAAGUCUCCCAGGCCUCCCCCUUCCCCUCAGCCAGCAGCAUCAGCCCCACGCCCUGCUCCCCCUCUCCCUGCUCAAGCCCCGCCUCUUCCUGCUCCUCCAGCGAAAUGGCACACAGCCCGUCCUCCCUGGGCGGGGCCAAGAUUGAGUGACCGGCGCCGAAAGGGCCAAUCAGAGAGGAGGAGGAGGAAAGAGGAAACAAGAACCUCACCUUUCACACCAAAGCUAUCUCUUUCUCUCUCUUGUGCUCUUCUUCCGUUAUUUUUUCUCGCAAAUGGCUCUCUCUCUCUCUCUCUCCCAGUCUUUCGAUGCCAAAAAUACACAGAAUGAAAGAGGAGAGAGGGAGCGAGAGAGGUGAAAGAGGGGAGAGGGCAGGAAAGGGAAAGAUUGAAACCAAAAAUCUUUAUCUAUCCAAACUGAUCGAAAAGGAGGCAACGUGGGACCUUUUUGUCAAAAAACCCGUGUGAUAUCGACAUGACACCUCUCCACUCUGUCCCUCUGAAGGAAAACAAACCAAUGACUGUCUGACAAAGAGACGGAAGAGACAGCAGAGAUGGAUGUCGACGCGCAUAAACCAAAAAUGACAAAAGAUAACUUUUACUAUAUGACAAAGGAAUGGCGGCAAGGACACCAAAAAAAACAAACAAAAAAAUGAAGAGGAGGACUGCGCUUACGUUUUCUUUUUAGUAUUACUAUCAUUAUUGUUUCAAAAAGCUGCGGGUCUGGAGGAAGAGGAGGAGUGGGGAGGAUACGUUUAAACCAAAAAUUUACCUGAGGAGGAGGCGGAGGAGGAACACACAAUGAAAAAAAAAACAAAAAAAAAAAAAAAACGACAACCAUACCAAAAUCCCAAAUACCAAAAACCAAAAAUACGGAGAGAAAAGCUUUAUUCAAAGGACGUGUAAAUACUGAAGCUAUCCAGGACCAGGUCUCUACUGCUACUCUCACACACGCAUCACGAGCCAACCCAUCCUGCCAUCCACUCAUCCUGUCCGUGUGUGUGUGUCUCUUGUAGAUUUUCACGAUGUAUCUUUAGCCUCUUUACCUACCUCUGGUUAUAAGAGCAUAGAUGAGUUUCAUUUCUCCCUUUUAUUUCCAAUUCUCUCCACAUUUUUGAAGUAUGUUUUGUUUUUUUUGUUCUUUAUUAUUUAUUAGCGCCACUAUACGGUUCAGCUCCUAUUUAUUGUCGCGUGCUAUUGUAGUGUUAGCCCUGGGGUUUGAAUUGUUCUCAUUGUCAUCAUCUCUGCCUUUCGUGUCCCAGACAUUUUUUUCCUGUGACCUUUCUCCGCAGAAAAAGUGCCAAUAGAUCAGAGGGAGAGUUGGCACAGUUGAUUUGGAGGUGUGAAUGAAUUUAUUAAGGCAUUUUGUUGUGCGCUUAAUCCGACCACUCUGCCCUCGUUCGUAAAGAUAACCCAUUAUCAGUGAGUCGGCGGCUAAAUGAACAUGCCCUGGAAACUUCGCACACUGAAGACUGAUGUUUGUUAAGACAUUUUGAAAGUAUGAAAUAGGGCUAUGAUUGGAGAUUUAAAGUAAUAACCGUUGAGACUGAAGGCCAAAUAAGUCAAUAAAGCCAAGUUUAGUCACA